AUGGCAGUCCUUGUGACACAGAGUAACUAUUUGCAACUUUCUUUGUUGUCUACGCCACUGAUGGUAGGCUGUUUGAUAUUCACAUGGUGUGGAGCUCAAACAGAGACCAGAUGGUGCAAAAAAAACGCAGCCCUAACACUAACCUCCACAGGAGAACUUGUAUUAAGGAACUUAGACGGCACUCUCGUGUGGCCUACAGAUACAUCCACCCAAGCUUUUCAAACGAUGGUGAUACAGGAAUCUGGGAAUCUUGUUCUCUAUAACACCUGCAACGGAAUCAUGUGGCAGUCGUUUGAUCAUCCUACUGAUACUGUGCUGUUGGGGCAGAAGUUGACAGUGGGGCAGAAGCCUCUGCACUGGCUAAAAUUGAUUUCAGAUAUCGAGUUUGACAAUCAGUCCAUCAAUCUAUAUUCUCAAGGAAGACGAUCUCCACUAAUGAAGGACGAUCUUGCCCUGAAUAUUUCGCAUCCUUCAUUAAAUCAGUGGCUGAGUGAGAUUAUCCAAGGCCAUGCGGAGAGUAUGGUGUUUGCACAGAUGGUCAAUGCAGCUGUCCAAGAGACGGCAAUGCUUUUAAAGCGAUUGAUGCCACAGAACCCAAUUUUGGAUGUGUUCCGCGAAUUGCAAUACGCUACAAAUGGCUUUAGCACUAAGUUGGGCAACGGAGGAUUCGAUUCUGUUUAUGAGGGUGUUCUGUCUGACAGCUCAAAGAUAGCAGUGAAGCGUCUUGAUCGAGCAGGACAAGGGAAAUGGGAAUUCCGGGCAGAAGUGGAAACUUUACGAAAAAUUGAUCAUCUUAAUUUGGUAAGACUGAAAGGGUUUUGUGCAGAAAAGGCCCAUCGAAUGCUUGUAUACGAGCAUCUACAAAAUGGGUCUCUGGAUAAAUGGAUAUUUUACAACAAUAUGCAUCAACAUUUACUGGACUGGAAGACUAGAUACAAAAUAGUUCUGAAUAUUGCAAGAGGAUUCAGAUAUUUACAUGAAGAUUGUCGAGAACAGAUAAUACAUUUCGACAUCAAGCCUCAGAACAUUCUCCUCGAUCAAAAUUUCAAUGCUAAGGUCUCAGAUUUUGGUUUGGCAAAGUUGGUUAACAGAGAUCGAAGCGAAGUGAUAACCAUGAUGAGAGGGACGCCGGGAUAUAUGGGACCUGAGUUGUUGAACAUGCAUUUCACAGAGAAGGCAGAUAUAUUUAGCUUUGGUGUUAUGGUGAUAGAAAUUGUUAGCGGAAGACGAAGCAGACAGCUUUCAGACGACGGCUUGUUUUCACUGUUACAAUUUAAGGCAGCGGAAGGGACGUUAAUAGAUUUAGUCCACCUAGGACUUGAAAGUGAAGAAACGUGCGUAAAAGAGGAGGCAGUGAAACUAUUAAAAGUGGGAAUGUGGUGUGUACAGGUCAAUUUUACAAGGUGGCCAGUGUCCAUUGUGGUGAAGGUUUUGGAGGGUUUAAUAGAUGUUGGAAUGUGA